AACCUCCAGUCGCGAUACGGCCAUUGUCAUGACGGAACCGCCCGCUGCGAGCGUGACGGCGCCAAAGAGGCGUGCCCUAUUUAAACGGCCAGCAUGGCAGAACAAGCCGCAGAACGAGGAUGCCGACAUCUUUCGCCAUGCCAAUGAAUUCACCGACCUGGUAGCCGAGCAGGCCAGGCGCAAAGAGGAGGAGCGCAAGGAGAAGAAGCGCGACCGAAAGCGGCGCCGCAUAUCCAACAACGACGAUGAGAACAACAACAAAGACGACGACGCAAUACGGCCGGCCGCGCCCGAGAGGGCUGCCCGUAUUGACAGUAGCAAAGAACGUAGCAUCACCCCCAUCUCCCCACGACCCGCGCAUUCCCCACCUGACUCGCUCUCAGCCCGGUACGAUUCGCUGACCAAGCCGACAUGUUCAAGCAAGUCACUGACCAGGUCGAUGUCUUCGAGCCAUUCGUUGGCGGGGAAAGACUCUCAUGUCAUCCAGCUAGACGAUUCAGACGACGGCGACUAUGGCUCCUCUAUCGUGGGACACAAGCCACAACAAAUGAGUCAGGCGCAAGAACUGGCUGUUCGACCGUCUGUACACCACGCUCUAGGCAAGAACGAUGACCAGGAUGACGAGCUCGAGGAAAUCCAAGAUCCCAUCAUUGCUGCACUCGAGGCCAAAGCCCAAGCGCGAGCUCAAUUAGCGGCCAAUACCGAGGCAGUCGAUUCAACACCAGCCCCCAUUGCGCACCUAUUCAUUGAGCCUGAAAUGGACAACGCGAGACCACUGAUGGUCAAAGUCAGGAUAGACAAUCCCAUAAGCAAGCCACGCACGGCAUGGUGUAAAAUACAAAACUUCACCCCUCAAAUGACCGACAGCGUCUUCUUUACUUGGAACGGAACGCGCCUGUACGAUAGCACAACCAUUAAAAGACUAGGUAUUCAAGUGGAUGAUAAAGGCAAUGUGACGGUUGAAGGGGAUUCCAACAUAUAUGACGACGUCAAUCUCCCCAAGAUCCAUGUACAAGCUUGGACCGAAGAGCUGUUUAGGGAGCGCAAGAAGCAGGAUGCCGAAGCUAAGGCAGCCAAGAAGGCAGCAGCCGAGGCCCCAGUCGUCAUUGAAGACAGGUUUCCGACUCCAGAACCUGCUCCCGCCGUGACCAAGAUCCGUCUGACAUUAAGAGCCAAGGGCAGGGAAGACUUCAAGCUGUCAGUAAAGCCGGACACCACAUUCGCCCACAUUGCGAGUGCUUACAAGACGAAGCUGAAGAUACCCAACGAUCAGCCCGUCACACUCAUGUUCGAUGGCGAAAGGUUGGUGCCAAUAGAUACAGUCGCCGACUGUGAGCUGGAGGAUAAGGACACACUCGACGUACUCUUCAAUUGACAGUCUCAGUGUUCAGAUGCAGAUUUCUUUUCCACUUCUCCCGGCUUUGUGAUCAAAUUUGAGGGCCAAGGUGAUUUCUUUUUGUAUACCUAGGUAGUAGUAAGCAUGGCGUUCGGGGGGAAGUCAUUACCCAAUUUUCUUUUUCGGGUCCAGAGUCAACUUUUACAUUUUACAUUUUCUUCUUCAUCCGCAUCUAAACUUUUAUCUGU